AGUAAAAGAAACCAAGAUGGCGGGUCGUAAGGUCUCUCAAUCAAAUCAAGAACUAUGGCUUAUGGCAAAGAAUUGGCUUGCGAGUACUAAUAUUCUUCCUCCUGGUCAUAAAUGUUACGAUCAACAUCCAUCUGUUUUCGAACUUGCGCACUCGCUGAGAGAUGGAGUUGCUUUAUGUCAAGUUGCUAACUGUUUACGUCCAUUUUCAGUUCGUGAUAUAAAUCUUAAACCUCAAUUGUCACCGUUUCUUUGUUUAAAGAAUAUUAGAGCUUUUCUUCACGCUUGUGUGAAUCAUUUUGGACUAAAAGAAAGCAUACUUUUUGAUGCUCAUGAUUUGUAUGAUGUUUCUGACUUUGGAAAGGUUGUAAUGACUUUGAGUAAUUUAUCAAAAUGCAAAGAUGCAAUUAAUGCUGGAUUAACCCCAUUUCCAAAUGACAAAGCAUCAUUCUUUAAUAACCAUUACACAGAUGAAGAUAUUUACGGCAAUCUUGAAGAAAUAGCUCUGACAAAGGAUGUUGCUGAGGAAAAUGUUUAUGAUGCUGUAACAAUUGAUGAUGAAUCUAAAAUAUAUGAAGACAUUGUAUCAAUAAAGAAAAGCUUAGGUCGACAUCAGAGUAAGUCAAAAGCUGAUGAGAAAAGGUCGUAUGUUAUUGAUGAAUUGCUUGGUACAGAAAAAAAUUAUGUUGAAGCUUUGACAUCAAUGAAAGAUAACUUUAUUGUACCACUAUCGGAUGUUUUAUCUCCAGAAGAUUUGAAAAAAAUAUUCAUAAAUAUAUUGGAUCUCUUAGCGAUGCAUCUAUUAUUUUUGGACAAGCUCAAGAAGGCUUGUGCUGUUGUUGAAAAUGUUGGCAGUACCAUUAGUAACUGUUUUCUUGUAGAUAAAGAUAAUUUUUUGGAGUAUGGCAAAUAUUGUAGACAAAUGCAAGCUGCACAAAACCAUGUGGACAAACUCAGUGAAACAGAUUCAGUUAUGAGAGAACGUUUUCAACAAUGUUGUAAUAACGCAAAUGGAGGAAAGUUUACUCUCAGAUCUCUUCUUGUCGUUCCCAUGCAAAGAGUUUUGAAAUAUCCUCUUUUGCUUCGAGAAUUGAUCAAACAAUCCAAAGCGCACAACCGUGAUAAGUCUUCCCUUGAGAAAGCACUUGCUGCUAUGCAAGACGUCGCUCACUACAUCAACGCUGUUAAACGUGACGAUGAAAGCACAAAUGCUGUGACACAGAUUCAAUCUUCCUUGAUUUGUGACAAAGAUGCUCCUUUAAAUUUAAUCGACUUUGGACUGCGUGUGAAAGAUGGAGAUAUGCAAAUCAAAACCAAUGAAGAUCGAAACCUAAAGAAAAGAUACGCAUUUUUGUUUGAUCGUGUUCUUUUGUUGUGUAAAGUCAGGGGCGAGCAGUAUGAUCACAAAGAAACAUUAUAUCUUAAUCAUUACAAUGUUAGCGUAUCAGUAACAAGUACUGGUCGAGGAAAGUUUGUCCAUGGUUGGACGAUGAACGGAAAUUCACCAGAAGCUGGUAGAGGAUUUUAUGAAAUGUUUACGAAAACAGAAGAUAUGAAGAACAAAUGGGUUGAAGAUAUUCAAAGAACAAUAAGCAAUCUGACGCUUGCUGACUAUAAUCUUGGAAAUCAUCGAUUUGAACUAACAACGUUUGCUCUACCUACGUAUUGUUCUGUCUGUAAGAAUCUUCUUUGGGGUCUCAUCAACCAAGGUUACACUUGCAAACUAUGCAACCUUGUAUGUCAUAAAGAUUGUAUUGAAAAAGCUCCUCUCUGUACACAUUUUAAACAUCAGAGAGGUAGUUUAAGGAAACAAACGUCAGAACUUAUUCACCCAAGCAGUCCUCCACUUCCACCCAGACCAAGAAAUAACACUGAUGCACCUGUACCCUCUUGGAGUCCAUCGACAGUUAUAUCUAUCACGAGGUUUAACGGUUGGGCACCCCCCGGGAAACAGGAGACUUUGAACUUUGAAGCAGGAGAGGAAAUCGAUGUUUUAACGACGAAUGAUCCUGAAUGGUGGGAGGGUAGGUCGAAGAAGACUGGAAAAGUAGGAUAUUUCCCAAGAAAUCACGUUAAAUUACUUGAAUCUCGUAAAAUAGCUCAGGAAUCUGAAGUCUUCUUCAUACGUAAUAAGAAACGUCAUACGUUGUCGCUGUCCAGUAUUAAGGAGGUCAAGGGCUCUUUUGAGCUAUCGAAGCAUUUAACUGUCCAUAAAAACGAUGAGCAUAACGUUUUCAAAGAUGUCACGAAGUAUGAAAAUACUCCAACCUCAAAUGGUGGAAACGCUAUUAUUGAUGCCGACGAUGAUUUGAUAACUUAUAAAUGGUUUGUCGGGAAAAAGGGCAGAGAUGAAGCUAACGGAUUAUUGGAAAGAACAAUUGAUGGUAGUUUUUUAGUUCGGGAAAGUACUAAUGAUCGUGGACAAUAUGCAUUGAGUUUAAAUUAUAGAUCCAGCAUAAAGCACAUCAAGAUUGUUGUUGCUAAUGGAAUGUUCUGUCUUACUGGACUUAAACUAUUUUCUUCAAUACCAAGUUUAGUGGACUACUAUCGGAACAAUACCCUUGGUGUCAGUUUUCCUGGUUUAGACACGUGUUUAACACGUGGCGUGAAUGAAGGAAGGAGAGAAUCCAACAGACACAUUAUUGAUGUUGCUAUAGCAAAAUAUGGUUACAAUGCAAAGGAUCCCAGGGAAAUUUCUUUGAAAAAACACAGUCGUGUUUCGAUCAUUAACAAGGAUGGUGAUUGGUGGAAAGGCAUGAACGAAGAUGGUCAGGUUGGAUAUUUUCCUUCAAAUUUCAUUGAAUCAACAAAAACCUGACAUAGAACGAAAUUACUCACGAGUCUCAAGAUAACGCGAAACCAAACUACAGAGAACGAACGACCAUGUUCGUCCUAAAGCUCUCGUAUAAAUAUCUCAAAUAAAUCCAGUUUUUAUGCAUUGUAUUUAUAGAAUGGCUAGUUUUUAUGAAGUUAAAAUUGUUUUUAAUGCUUUAACGUCGAAGUUGUCGAGAGCAAAGAUCAUUGGCAAUUCAAUGAUCCUCGACAUUCAUGAUUUAAUCCUGUAUAAAACUUAGUGAUCGCACUUGUUUGCCAUGGAUAAUAUAGACAAUAAUGGAUAUUCAUAUUUGACUCUGCACAAAAAGUACUAAAUGAUUAUUUGUUUGCUGGUGCUAGAAUUUUAAUGAUUGAAAUAGAAUAUGAUGUUUGUAAAUAGAUAAAUUUCACUUCAGACUACAAAGAAACAUAAAUAUUUCCUGACGCCAUUA